UUUUCUAGUGCUGCCAUCUGGUUGACUGUUUUCUUUUUCGAGGUGUGACUGGGGAAAAAUCUGUGAUUCUUCAUUUCGGCAAUUUGAUUAUUCUAGUUUUCCACUUCAAAUGGGAGUGUUGUCAUUCUGUUAAUCUGAUUGAUUUAAUUAGUAUUUUAAUCCGUGCAAGUGAAAUGUCUAGUCCACUAACCAUAAACAACAGUUCAACAAUCGGCGAAACCAAAAGUGAAUCUGAUGAUUGCUCAAUUAAUGGUAAAAAAGGUGAUGAUGAUAAUUGUUUACCAUCAAUUAAUUUACAACAACAACAAGAAGAAAGUGAAAAAAAACCUUUUAUCAAUAAGCCUAAACCUAAAUUGACAUUGAACAACAAUUUAAUCAAUUCUAAUAAGAAUCAAUUUGUUGAUAAUCAAUCAGAAUUAACAUUUUCAUCAAGUUAUCUUCAUUCAUCUUCUUCUCAAUUAACAAUAAGUAUAACAUCAUCAACAUCUAAUAUUUCACCUGAUCCAAUAUCUCCAAUAAUUGGUGAUCCAGUCCGUCGAUUUUAUCCUUGCCGUCCUGCCCCUGGUCCACCUUCAUCUCGAAGCUCAAUUUCAUCAAUUUCAUCCAAUACCGGAUCAUUUUAUGGCCUCAGUGAGAGUGAAUCAAUUACAUCAACCAAGAAUACCAACCGACCUGUCACUCCCAGAGCAACAACACCCAAACCUCCAGUUCCAAUUAAACCUGCUCACCUUAGGAAUUUGCGACUUGCAUCUCAAUCACCUCCACCUCUAUUGACAAAAACGCAAUCCCAAGAAAAUGGCUCAACGGACAUCAAGCAAUCAUCUUUUCACCCUGACAAAAGCUCAAUUCAAACGACAACAGCUCAAUCAAAUUGUCAACAGGAAAAGGCUUCUCCACCACAAUUAAGAAAGAAUCAAUUAUCUCAUCAGCUAAACGUACAAGAAGAUUCAAUGUGUGAUAAUAUUUCAAUAUCAUCACCAGAAUCACGAAGUAAAUCAAAUUCUCUCAAUGGAACAGUUAAUAGUUUUCUCCAUCCACAUUCAACAAUUGAAACAUCGGAAGAGGAAUUUUCAGAUUCCCGAUCAAUCGGAUCAACAAAUUCAAUAAUUGUUGCUUCUAACACUGAUUUGGGUGGUGUUGGCUGUGAAAUCGAUGGAGAGAAGAUCCUUUCACCCGAAGAAGAGGCCAAAAAACGACAGGAGCGAAAACUAUUCCUUGUAGCCCAAGAAUACAAAACUGAAGAAGAUUUUGUCAACAAUAUGGUUUUACUUCUCGAUUUUCGUGAACACAUUCGUAAUUCAAUUCCAGAGGAAAUUGUUAACUCAAUAUUUCGCUAUGUGCCCGAAUUACAUGAAUAUCAUAAACAAUUAGCCGAAGAAUUUCGUAAUCGAAUCAACUUAUGGGAAAGUAAACCCAAAAUUGCCGAUGUUCUCAUCAUCAUGGGACCAUUCUUGAAACCUCACGCUCCAUACACCAAAGAGUUUACCUCCAUGGUAACAACUCUCGAAGAAACAACGAAAAAAUAUCCAGGUUUUGCUGAUUCCCUACGAGACUUUGAAAAAAGUGAUCGAUGCAAUAAACUGCUAGUCCGUCAUUAUAUGCACAAACCUGUCCAGCGAUUACCUCAAUAUAAACUUAUAUUGGAAAAAUAUCAAACCUAUUUAACGGUAGAUCAUCCCGAUUAUAAGGACACUUUGGCCGCUAUUGAGUUGGUCAGUAAAAUUGCUGAUUUUGCGAAUGACUUUGUUCGUAAAGGCGAUAGUUCAGAUAAAUUAUUGAAAAUUCAAACCUCAUUGGUUCGCGCACAUGAGAUCAUAAAACCUGGACGAGUUUUACUUAAAGACGGAGAAUUGGACAAACUGUCACGUCAUGAACCUCAACCUCGAUUGUUUCUCCUUUGCAAUGAUUGUCUCAUUUAUUUGACUCCCUUACAACAAGGAACCGUUUAUAAGCUUAAUCAUGAACUUCCACUUGAAGGAAUGAGAGUUCAAGUUCCUGCACAUCAACAGUUUCAAAAUGAAUUCAGUAUAAUCUCGCCUUCUCGGUCAAUGAGUCUUUCCGCUAAAACACCGAGUGAAUGUGUCUCUUGGAUUGAGGCGAUACAAAAAGCGAUAAAAGAUUAUGAGACUCGCCGAAGUACAUUCAACACAAAUUCGCACGAUGGUAAAUCAUCCAAAUCCACUUUACUUGGUUUCGAGGCUCCAAUUUGGAUUCCCGAUACUCGAGUCACAAUGUGUCAAAUUUGUUCCGCUGAAUUUACUGUGACAUUUCGUCGUCACCACUGUCGAGCCUGUGGUAAAGUCGUUUGUAACGAUUGUUCCUCCAAUAAAGCUCCAUUGAGAUAUCUUAAAUUUCGAGCGGCUCGUGUUUGUGAUCAGUGUUUCCCCGUUUUACGAGAUCAAAUGACCAAAAGUCUUACCUCAGUUCCAACAAAUAAUCGUGAUCAUGGCGCCUCUUCAGAUGAAAUAAACGAUGACCAUGGAGAUGAUGGUAACUCUAAUGGUAGUUCAACGCCGACAAAUAACAACAACAACAACAAUAAUAAUAACAAUGGAUCAACAAUCAAUCCGUCCAGUUUUGAUUUAGAUAAUCUGAAAGCUCAAUUUGUCCGAUUAUCACUUCGAGGGUCAGGUCGGAGGAGAUCACUUCCUUCACGAUUAAAAGAGGUUUCAGCUGAUGAUAAAAACUGUUCGAUCAGUGGUUAUCUGUUAUAUAAAAAGAUCUACAAAAAGAAUUAAAAGGCCUGGUUCGUUGUAAAAGAAAAAGUUCUUUAUCGAUUCAAGGAGUCCAAUGAUACGGCAGCUCUUCAGAGUUUUCCGAUUCUUGGUUAUCAAGUCCAGUUAGUGACCGAUGUGACCAUAGAUACCUCAGAAUCUGGAUUAAUAUUCCAACUUUCCCAUCCGGGUCAGAACACAAUCUUAUUUAAAACCACUACCACCGAAUCGGCCUCAAGUUGGAUUCAAGAGAUUCUCACCAACACUCAACUUUAAUUUAAAUUGUCACAACGGAAAGAUUAUUUUUUCACUGAUUGUUUUUCAAUCGAUUGAUUUUUUUUCUUGAUUAAUUGUUGUUUAAUUGGCAACGUUUUUUUUUGGCCUUCUCAUUGAGUACAAAUAUUUUUUACUGGUGAUCAAUCAUCAGACGGAAUUUGUAUCGUAAAAUGACCUGAAUCUGGUGUUGAUCUGUUUUCUAAUUAAUCGCCCUGAUCAUCAUCUCAAUCAUCAACAAUUUAUAUAUCUCUCUAAAUUAAUUAUUAUCAUUGGUUGUUUAUUUUGCCAAAAGUGUAUCCAUUGUUUUUUUUGCCUUACAAGUUUUUUUUGUACAUUUUGUUUUUAAAUCCAAUCAAUUGUAUUAAGAUUUAACAACGAUAAUUAUAUUAACAGUCACGAGAAUCACCGUCAUCACAA